AUGGUUAAGCAAAAGAUUGUUCUCAAGUUGCCGUUGGAUGGCGAGAGGAACAAGAGGAAGGCCUUCAAGGCCGCUGUUGGCAUGGCAGGUGUGACAUCCGCCACGAUGGAGGGGGACAAGAUCAUCAUCGUGGGCGACGGCAUCGACACUAUCGCGCUGACGAGGAUGCUCCGUCGUAGCCUAGGCGGCGCCGAGCUCAUCAGCGUGUCUUCUGGCGAUGACAAGAGGAAAGACGGCUACGGGUAUGGGGGAGAAAAGAACGGCUAUGGAUACAGCGGGGAAAAGAACGGCUAUGGAUACGGCGGGGAAAAGAACGGCUAUGGGGGAGGUGGCGGUGGCGGUGGCAAGGACUCCAAGGGUGGCGGCGGCUACCAUCAGAACGCGGUGGUGCCGAUGCAGUACCCCGCGUACCAUCAGUACAACGCCAUGCCGUCUUACCCUGCCUACUCCUACCCUGCUCAUGCUUAUCAGCAACAAGAACAGGAUCCCGGAUGCAGCAUAAUGUAG